AUGCCUGCAGCCGGCCCCUCGAGCCGUGCAUCCAGUCGUGCACCGUCGUCUUCGCCCGAAGUGCAGGUUCCGGACAGCACAGCCGGCCCAUUCGCGCCUCUCUCGAAUGGUAUCGUGAUGAGACCACCCUUCAAAGGCGCCGAUGGUGCCCAGCUUCCGACCCAGCCAGCCGUAAUUCGGCCGGGAGGUGCUGGUGAGCGAAUUUUUGUUGCGCGUACUGGCCACCCCGUCGGCAACGUGACUGUGCCCACCAAUGUCGCUGCUGUCCUGCCAGCUAUUGCGCAAUUUGGACAUCGCCACCUGGCAGUAUCCACAACUCGCCGCCUCCUUGUCACCAAUGCAUCUGAACAUAUUGUUACAGCUGCCCAGGCUGCAAGCACCGCGAAGACGACAUCUGCGCCGGAAGCCAGCUCGCACGGGAAAGCUCGCGUGUCUCAGGUGAGGGCGAAGUCCGUUGGUGUGAAGAUCGCAUACGAUCUCUGGUGCGAUGCUACCACAUGGACGGGCAACAAGAAAUCCCGGCAAGUCCAUCGGAGGGACAAUGGGCCCAACGGUGUCUACAAGAAAUACCAGGACUCGGAGAAAGCUGCGAUUCUGGCGAAGCUGGCAGACCGGCGAGGGAGUGGGUGGUGA